AUGUUUGUCGUUGCCGGCCAAUAACUGUGAUCCAGGCAUCCAGCUCAGCCCAAAAGCCUUCAAACAAUAAAAAAACGACGUUUUUCUAGCUAUCCUGUCUUCUUCCCUCUCCGAUGUCCGAUCGAUCAGUUGGAAUUUGGAACUUCGGUACUCUUCCGUGUCCGCAGCUUCUCUGUCUCUAUUCGCCGCUAAUUGAGCUCAGCUUCCCCAAAUCCAUUGAAACCCUAGGUUUUCUUCCGCAGAGAUGAAUCUUUUCUACUCAGAUAGAUAGCAAGGUCAAUCUUCGUCAAUCGAUUUCGCCAAGGAAAGAAAAAAGGAGGAUUUUCUUUUAUUAAUUCAUUGUUGUUGAGUAGAGAGAGAGAUGGCAAUUUUGUAUGCUCUGGUUGCGAGAGGAUCUGUGGUUUUGGCGGAAUUCAGUGCGACGUCGACAAACGCGAACGAUAUCGCCCGAAAGAUACUGGAGAAGAUCCCGGGCACCAACGACAGCCAUGUAUCAUACUCGCAGGAUCGGUAUAUUUUCCAUGUCAAGAGGACCGACGGCCUCACUGUUCUAUGUAUGGCAGGCGACACCUUAGGAAGGAGAAUUCCUUUUGCUUUUCUAGAAGAUAUUCAUCAAAGAUUUGCGAGGACUUAUGGCCGUGCUGUUCAUACAGCUCUUGCUUAUUCCAUGAAUGACGAAUUUUCAAGGGUUUUGAGUCAACAAAUGGAUUAUUAUUCAAAUGACCCUAAUGCAGAUAGGAUAAACCGGUUGAAAGGUGAAAUGAGUCAGGUUCGCAAUGUUAUGUUGGAGAAUAUUGAUAAAGUUUUAGACAGGGGAGAUCGCUUGGACUUGCUGGUGGGCAAGACUGAGUAUAUGCAAGGAAAUACUAUUCGUUUCAGAAGGCAAGCUCGUCGUUUUAGGAACACUGUGUGGUGGAGAAAUGUCAAGCUCACGAUUGCAUUGAUUUUGCUUCUCUUGAUCAUUAUUUAUGUCGUGCUUGCAUUUGUUUGCCAUGGGCCAACAUUGCCUUCAUGCAGGAAGUGAACACAGUGCUGUAUGCUGAAUGAUGCUCUGUUGUAUUGGUGAAUAUGAAGCCUUAUUUAUAAGUUCCCACUUUAUCUGUUGUUUCAACUCUCAAGUUAUCGGUAAUUGGACAUAUCUGAGUGGCCCUUUUUAUGGAGGGUUGAAUUGAAUUUGAUUGUAUGCUUGUUGAGAAGUCCAUGGCUUGGAUAUUGGUUUCUGGAAAAUUUUCUUUGUUUCGUCAAGUUGUGUUGCUGGCUAGGACAAUGGGUAGGCUCAUCCAAUUGGUGUAAAUGUAAUAUUUUAGGUUUUAUCAAUUGGAAGGCUCAAACUGAUCAAGGCAAAAAGGAUCUGUCAUUUAAACUAAUCGAAUGUACUUAGUGUCAUAUAAUUAGAUAUAUUUGUCCAGACCUAAUUGUCAUCACCAUGAUAUAAAGUGAAUGUCUGAUCAUUUUUUUCCUCA